UUAGCACUUAUUCAAAUGCCUUUUAGCCUGAGCAAAGCAUAUUCAUGAACGUUAGCAUGUUUACUGACGAAGCCCUGGACUCUGUGAGCAUUAGCUCUCUGUGGAGGAAAUCUCAGCAGUCGGCGCAGGAGUCGAGAAGCUGUCAGACCAAGGCAGUGCACAGUACUGAGGCAGAGGUCCAGACUGUGUUGGUUACUAACAGCAGUACCCAGACAGAGCCACAGUAUCAGGUGACAGAACAGCUCUUCCAACAAAACCAUGAUGAGCCAGAGCCGCCUGGCCUGAAGGACUUUCUGCAGCGGGUUGAGGACACACUCAUCAGAGAGCUGGUCAGAAAUACUAGGAGUCACGCCUUCGAUGGGUUCCAGGUGAACUGGGAAGAUCGCAGUAACCUGGUGGCAUGCCUCCACUGCCUUCAACAUCCCAGCUCUGUAGAGAGAAGUCUUCAUGUGACCAGUGUGUCCUGGAACUGUACAGGUUCAGUUAUUGCCUGUGCCUACGGUCGGAUUGAUGAUGGAGACUGGAGCACUGAGAGGUCGUAUGUCUGUACGUGGAACCUGGACCGUCGAGGCCAAAACCCCAAACAAGCUGAUCUGGUCAUCGAUGUUCCCACUGCAGUCACUGCUCUGUGCUGUCACCCCAACAAGCCCGCCCUCAUCGCAGGGGGUCUAUACAGUGGAGAGGUGGUGGUCUGGGACACCAGUCAGACUCAGGACCCUAUGCUGGUUCAAACUGGGAUGUCAGCAGACAGCCACAGAGAGCCUGUUUAUCAGGUUGCCUGGGUGCCCCUGCAGGACAAAGGAGAAUUCGGGGUGCUCAGUGCCAGUUCAGGAGGACGGGUGCUGCUGUGGACGGUGAACUCAGACCUGGGCAGUUUGGUCCUGAAUGCUGCCUACGCUUUAGUACGACAGCAGGUCCCCCACAGCAGCAGCAGCAGCUUCAAGGCUCGAGGCAGCAGCACUGUGGGCGUCACCUCCCUGGCUCUGUCUCCCUGGGACUCUGACACCUUCUUAGUGGGCUCAGAGGGCGGCCUGCUGCUCAGAUGCUCCUUCGCCUCCCAGACGCUGGCAGCAGCGCCCUCUGAAGGCCAGAGCGUGACACCAAGAGCCCCGGCAGUCUUCUCCUUCAGGCCUCAGAGCGGUCCCGUCCACUCCAUACACUGCUCCCCUUUCCACAGGAACCUGUUUGUGAGUGCAGGGACUGAUGGUUUGGUCCACCUCCACUCUCUGCUGCAGGCCAACCCGCUGCUCUCUCUCAGGGUUUCUGACUCCUACGUGUUUCAGGUGCAGUGGUCUCCAACUAGGCCACUGGUUUUUGCUGCAGCCACCGGACAAGGUGAGGUGCAGAUAUUCGACCUGGGCCGCAGGUCCCUGAGGCCAGCUGCCACCAUCGAGCCGGGAGGUGCGGGCCAAGCUGCAACUUGUUUGGCUUUCAACUAUAACAACCCUCACCUCUUGGCAGUGGGCAGGACAGAUGGGACAGUCAGCAUUUGGCAACUGAGUGCAGAUUUGACGGAGCAGAGCCCCAGAGAAAGCAGCCAGCUGGAGCAGAUAGCCAAUCAGGUGGCAGGAUGAGACAUGUUAGCCUGGGUCAGCUGAAGACUGCUGCAUAUGUCUGAUUUAUAUGAAUUUUUUUUCAAAUGCUCACAUUUCAAAGACUUUAACUGCAAGACUGUAAAUUAUGGAAGUGAAAUAAAAACAACAGAGUCGAGGUU